CUCUUACCACUACGGAGUCACGAUUGUUCGCCUUCGUCUGGCCAUCCACCUCAUUCCUGGGUUUUCAGAUUACCCUGCCACUCGUUUUUCUCCCUUCCUUCUUCUUUCCUUCAUUCUACCUUGACCUUUCAAGUCUCUCAAGCCUAUUUCGUAAUCGAUCGAUCGACCGCCCGCCCGCCCCUUAUUUCUAUCGAGCCGUCACCAUCGCCCAAUUGACAAGCCCAUCAAUCGCGAGUCGAACCCCGUAUCAAUCUAUUUUCGCCAGUGCACCGCUCCAUUUUCGCCUUGUUUGCAUCUUCGUACCGUCCACCCACCUGCCGUUCCUGCGAGUUGGAAACAGACGAGUUCAAGAUGGGGGACCUUUCACCAUCCCCCGUUCCUGAUCUCAACAGGAACCGACUUCCAACGCUUUUCGAAGUGUUGAGCCGGCGAACUCUUCCUCCUGUCGACCUGUUCUCCUUCUAUAUUUUUAUGCGAGACCAGCAAAGAUCGGUGGACUAUCUGGACUUCUGGCUCGACGUCGCCCAGCAUAUGACAUUAUGUCGACACUACGUCCGCGAGCUCCGCAGAUCCGUCCUGAUUGGCACACCCGACCCCGAACACGCCUCGAAGCGUUCGUCUCAGAUCCUGGAGAGCAUGGGCGACAUGAGCUUCUCCGCGCCUGGCCCAUCGAUGUACGCGACUGAGAAGGAGCGCGAUCAGGACGCUCAAAUGUCAGCAUACUUGCGGGAGGAACGAGCGGGACCUGGUACUCAGAAUACGCCCGGCGCGGCUUUCUACGACUCUCCACGCCAGAGCACCACCGAGGGGCCCCGUCCCAGCCACGGUAGCACCCCGCGAGAACUGAUUACGGAUUCGAACUCGCCAGCGCACACUGUGGCGCGACAGGACAUACGCGCAUCGGCCGAGAAGAUUCUGUACACGUUCUUGCUUCCUGGCGCCGAGAGAGAAAUCGUGCUACCGGGGCACAUCACCGAGGACGUCACGAGGGCGAUUGAGGAGGAGGGCAGGGAUGACCCUGAAGUGUUCGACCUGGCUAAGGAUUACGUGUUCCAGGCCAUGGAGAGGGACGCUUUCCCAGGUUUUCUGCGGAUGAAGGCGCUGGGGAACCUGAUCCCACCAACCUUGAUCAUGAGGCUGAUCAUCGGGCUGGUGUCGAUGUUCGGCGCGUUCUGGGCUGGCUUCGUUUUGAUCUUCCUCGACAAAUCGAGGUUGACAAGGUGCUGGCUCAUUCUGCCCUUCACCCUGGGCAUCUAUUUCCUCGCCUCCUACCAGUACUCCUUGGAUCCUGUGCUUGCUCUGAUAGGCCUCAGCGAGUAUACGCCCUUCAACUUCUCCCGUGUUCGAGAGCCCUAUGUCCGAAAGUUGCUCGCGAAGCGAGCAAUCAUGGUUCUAGCCGUGACAGCACUGGUUGAUGCAGCCUUAUCAGUCCUUUUCAUCUUCGUGCCCGGCAAGCGUCUGUGAUCACUGACGCGGAUAUCACAAACCUCAACAUAAAAUUAAAAAAAAGAAUACCUAAUUGACGACGUUACGACUUUCAUUUCCACCAUCGACCACUUUUCUAGCGACGCGAGAUAUUAUUACCCAGUCAAUUUUCUUCUUUUCUUCGCUGGGUCAAGUAGGGACCUUGGAAACGAUUCGUUGAUGCCAGAGUCGUCGCAAGGUUGCUGCCCGGAGGCGAGCUGGGCGAAGGACGGUCCGCGAGUGGGAGAAGAAGUGGGAAGGAAAUCUUGCGGCGUUUUGUUCUUGUCAGUGGACCAAGCGCAACGAUAAUCUGCGAGGGGUUUUACGUUGGCGUGAAUGAACGCCGUUAUACUUGUACGACUACUCAUCGAUUUGAGAAGGGAGAUUUGCGGGAAGGGAGAGCUUUCAUCUCCAGCUUGAUACGAGUUUAUACCUGGGAUACGAAUGGACAGGCAAGGCAGACAGGGCUGGCUUGGAGAGAGACUCUUGGGCGCUGAACUUUGACGGUUCAUUAAUAUCAUUAUUUUCGGGAGGUGUCGUUGACAGGGUUUCCCGCAACCACCGCGUCCUUACCAGGGCUUCAUUUGAAUCAAUGGAUCUUAUUUGAUCGG